CUGACACAAAGCCCUAACCUCACAGCUUUCGAAGUAAAAGCUUAGCGGACAGUCGGAGAGAGACAAUACAACCCUCUCUCCUCUUAGCAUGCUCCAAGCUUCUGAAAACCCUAUUCUCUGUUCUCGAAUUAAUUCUCAAGCAAAGUCAUGGCCGGGGUCAAUAACGAAACCACAGAGGAGCCACCGUUGCCUGCCAAACGAAAACCUGAACUCGAAUGCAUAGAUGAUGACGACGACCGAAAAAAGAAAAGACCAGAUAUUUCUGAUAACGAUAUUCCCGCUGUGGAAGAGAAAUCUGACAAAAUCGAGACUAACGUCGAAGCAGAGGCGGACAAUAUUGAGGGCGACGAAGAUGAAGAGGAUGAAGACGACGAAGACGGCAAAGAGGAAGAAGAAGACGAGCAUUCUAAUCGAAAAUCUGUUGCCGAUACUAAAGGGAAAGGGAUUAUGAAGGUAGACAAAGGGAAAGGGAAGCUGGAGGCAGAAGAUGGAAGCGACGACGACGACGACGACGACGAUUCCAGUGAUGGUGGGGAUCACUCAAACGACGAUAGCGAUCUCUCUGACGAUCCUCUUGCUGAAGUCGAUCUAGAUAAUAUCCUUCCUUCUAGAACUCGGAGGCGAGUUGCUGAACCUGGAGCUUAUCUUGUCAAUGAUCUUGACGAGGAUGACGACAGCGACGAUAGUGAUGCUUAAUUUGAGCAAGGUUAGUAGCUGUGGAGCUACAUUUUCUUUAGAAAACUUGGACUUCAUGUGGGAAGCUUAAGCCUGUCCUACAAACAAUGUAGUAUCGUUGAACACAUGAUAUAAUACAACUUCCCUGUUAUGGAUUAUUUUCCUUCCUUUUAAUGCCCUAAUCUUUUGCCUCA